GGGGACACGGGGCCGACAGGGCGCCGCUCCCGCCGGGAAGCGCUGCCGCCGCCGGCAGCGUCGUUAGGGCCGCUGGAGGCCGCGGGGGUCGCGGGGCGAUCCGGCCUCCAACCCGAGCUGGAGGCUGCGAGGAGCGGCCGGGGGGACACUGCGGCCGGGGGACAACGAGCGGCCGCCGCCGGGACUGACGGAGUGAGGAGGGUGAUCGGAGGCGUUGAUGCGGCAGGAUGACAGUGAAACUGGGCGAGAGCGGCGGGGAGGAAGGGGUGAAAAAGCUGGGCAAGAGAGCAGGAGGAGAUGAGGAGUCCCUGGAAGAAGAAGGGGCAGGAGGAGGAGGAGAGGCAGCUCCAGGCAGCAGCAGCACAAAGAAAGAAGAGAAGAUCAUCAACAGCAGCUCUACCAGCAGCCCCCCGCCCAACCCCAGCUUAGCCCAGGCCUCGGCUGCCCUCCAGCCCUCCCACAGCCAGGACCAGCAUCAUUUUCUCAGGUCCAGUGUCAGACCUCAGAGCAAGAGGCUGAAGAAGGAUUCCCAGGCAUCAUCCUCAGUUGGCAGCAGCGCUGCUGUGAAAGGCAAAGGGGCAGAUAAUGGAGGGGCUGCAUCUGGUGGCACAUCAGGAAUUCCUCCCAGCAAUCCUACCGGGAACUCCAAGGCAGCAGCAAGGAACCUGGGCUCCUCAGCUGGAGAGAAGGAGGAAGGGAAGAAGGUGCGGCGGCAGUGGGAGUCGUGGAGCACGGAGGACAAAAACACGUUCUUCGAGGGACUGUAUGAGCACGGGAAGGACUUUGAGGCUAUCCAGAACAACAUUGCCCUGAAGUACAAGAAGAAAGGCAAACCAGCGAGCAUGGUGAAGAAUAAGGAGCAGGUCCGCCAUUUCUACUACCGCACAUGGCACAAGAUCUCAAAGUACAUUGACUUUGAUAAUGUGUUCUCUCAAGGGCUGAAAAAAUCAUCCCUGGAGCUUUAUGGCCUAAUCUGCUAUGGAGAACUGAGGAAAAAGAUUGGGGGAUGUAUGGAUGACAAGAAUGCAGCCAAACUUAAUGAGCUCAUUCAGGCCGGGGCUACGACUGUUCGAUACAAAGGCAGAAACCUUCGUAUCAAAGCUCCAAUGUGCAGGGCUUUGAAGAAGCUUUGUGACCCAGACGGCAUUAGUGAUGAAGAGGACCAGAAGCCAGUACGCCUUCCUCUCAAGGUCCCUGUUGAGUUGCAGCCACGAAAUAACCACGCGUGGGCUCGAGUGCAGAGUCUUGCCCAGAAUCCACGGCUCAGGAUGAUUGUGGAGUUACAUCGGAAGGUUUCCAGCCUUAUUGAAUUCCUGAAGCAGAAGUGGGCUCUCCAUGAAGUGCGCAUUCGUAAAACACUAGAGGAAAGGCAGCUGCAGGACUCCGGAGAUUCAGAAACAAGAAACAGUCUCUCAGAGGAGAAGGUGAUGCUCCAUCUCUUUCCAGGAGAGAACUGUACACUCACCCCCCUGCCUGGGGUAGCCCGAGUGGUCCACUCCAAGGCUUUCUGCACAGUGCAUUGGCAGGAAACUGGCAAAUGCAAACAGAACACAAAAGACUCUCAUUUAUUGCCACCCGCACAAAUUUUGGGCAUACAGAGCGGUCAGGGGACAGCUAGGGGACAAGUGAAAUACCCGCGGGGAACAGAAGGCAAAAGUGUUGGAAGGGUUGAGAGCACUACAGAAUCGAGCAGAACCUCUCAGCCCACAGCUGAAGUUUCUGCAAGCACUGAAGAUGGCUCUGCAGAUUCUGGUGUGGUGGAAGGAGCAGCCUCAAACCUCGGCAUCACCACUAACUCUCUCAGCAAACUGCCGCCUGGACUUCAAGAUCCAGAAGGGAAUCACGAGAAGCAGAGCUCAGCAGCCUUCAAUGUGGAAGGCGGGGAGGCCUUGGCUAGUGACCAAGCAACUGUUGUAGCAUCGUGCAGCACAGCUUGUGCUUGCAGUAAGAUCCCUGAUGUGGAAGAGCUCUCUCUGCUCGAUCCAUUCCCGCGGUACAUGAAGUCCUGUCAGGAUCUGAUUGUCCCAGAGAAAUGUUCCUGCACAGACAAACCGCAUGGGAAGGACUCGACUCCGGCAGCUGGUGAAACUUCUCCUGUGGCUUUCCCAAGUGGGAGGAGCACGGAGACUUCAGACUCCUAUUCUCAGCUACUGAGAGGUGGCGUGGCUUCACCCAGCAGUGGCACAGCCAGAUGUGAAGCUCAGACUGGCCACAGCCAGAGCCAGCAGCUCGAUGCGUGUACCAAGGAGAUAACAGAUGCAGUAAUGGAGGAUUCUCAAGAGAAGCUGAGCUCCUCGUUUCCACCUCAGGGACAAUCUAACACGAAGUCUCUCAAGGAUGACCCGAGCCGGCUCUCUCAACAAGUUAGAGAAGAAGGAUGGAGCCUGCGAACUUCUGAGAGCCUUACACUGGCUGAAGUCUACCUCAUGAUGGGCAAACCGAACAAGCUGCAGCUGGAAUAUGACUGGCUGGCUGUCUUGGAGCCAGAAACCCAGGAUGCCAGGGAGCAAACAUCUGAAUCGGGCGCUGUUCCUACGUGUGCUACCUUUCACAAGCAGAGACUCCUAAACUGCCUUCUGAAACUCAUCUCUACUGAAGUCAAUCCCAAACCAACCCCUGAGAUGAGCUCUGUUGCCACGUCACCUAUAAAGCCAACUCAGGAGGAGCAGUCGCUGACUCCCCCAGGGAAGGUGAUCACCAUCAGCACCAGAAGUCCAGGCUGCACUCGGAAUCAAUCAGCACUUCGCAACAACAAGACGUUUUCUCCUGCUGCUGCUUCCAGCUCCUCAGGUUUGAGAAACCUCCCCAGACCUCUGCUGGUGGCUGGGCCUUCAAGCUCUGGAAAUGCUGAUGCUGAUGGUGGACUCUUUGCAGUUCCUACAACUCUGCCCCCCAACAGCCGCCACGGGAAGCUGUUCUUGCCCAGCAAGGAAGCAGAACUGACCUUCCGGCAGCACUUAGACACUAUCAGUAUGCAGUCCGACUUCUUCUUGCCAAAGCCAAGGAAGCUGAGGAACAGGCACCUGCGAAAGCCGUUAGUAGUACAGAGAACGUUGCUCCCCAGGCCAUCUGGAAAUCCGUCCCAGCACGUGUGUUCCUUUUCUAUCUUAUCCAACUCGUCUAUUACAGGGAGGGGCUCAUUUCGGCCAAUCCAGUCCUCACUGACUAAAGCUGCUGUCUCUCGUCCCAUCGUGCCCAAAGUUCUUCCAACGCAGGCUACCAACCAUCUGUCCAGUGCUAUUGACUUGGCAGCUAAAAGUGCUGGUAUUAUCCCUGGGAGCCCUGUGCCUGUCCUGGAUGCAGAUGGUUUGUCAGGUGUAUCUCCACUGUCACCCGACAGAGUGAGCACAGUGGUAACAGGGCAGGAGUCGACGGCUGCACAUCAGAAUGGAAGCAUCACCACUGUGGAGGGAUCAGGCCCUGGAUGUCGAGUUCCAUUUAUCAGCCUACCAACACGUCACGAGCAGGAGGCAGUUCCUGAUGGUUUUCAGGGCACGUCAGUCCUUUCUCUGUCCGAGCUGUCCAAGACUCCCCUCCAGAACGGCCUUUCCACUCCUCCACUUCCUUCAUUAGAGGCUUCCAGCACCCGGCUCUCUCCUCCCAACGUUUCAGCUCUCCUGGAUAUUUCUCUGCCUGGACCACCUGAAGAUGUACUUUCUCAAGGAGAACCUGCCACUCAAAUCAGUGAUUCUAUCAUCGAAAUAGCUAUAAGCUCUGGUCAAUACAGUGAAGGUGUUUCUCUUUCUCCUGCAAAGCUGAAUGGCAGCGACAGCUCCAAAAGUCUUCCGUCCCCAUCCAGUAGUCCUCAGCAGAACUGGAUUGCCUCCCCCAGCCACGACCCGCAGUGGUACCCCAACGACUCCACAGACUCGUCCCUCAGCAGCUUAUUUUCGAGUUUCAUAUCCCCUGAAAAGGGACGAAAGAUGUUGCCAACUCCUGUUGGGGCUGCCAGUGGCACCUCCUUACUGGGACCCAGCCUUCUGGAUGGCAACUCACGGGACUCUUUUGUAUCACGGUCUCUGGCAGACGUAGCAGAGGUGGUGGAUUCCCAGCUGGCUUGCAUGAUGAAUGAAAACAGCAUCGAUUACAUAUCUCGUUUUAAUGACCUUGCCCAGGAAUUAUCAAUACCUGAGCCAACGCGCAGGGAAAUUCUGUUUGAUGGAGGAGGUGGUGGUCCCCCUAUUGGGGAUCUCUCACAGUGAGUGUAUGAGACCAGCAGGCUGGUGUAGACUGUUCAGCUUAAUUUGGAGCUUGCAGUGCUGGAUCAUGGCAAGAGCGGAUUGCAGCAGCUCAGUUGUCCCUGUCUUGGUGCACUUCUUUCUGGAAAGGAGGCAUUGUCUUCAAAGGUCUGAAGAACUACUUGCAGGUCCUGGAAUGUGCAAUAUCCUGGGAACAACACAAUGUGGAAUGAUAGUACAGAACAUGGUGUGUCCCCUGCAUCAGUGAUGUAAGAUGGCAGGUAUGUGAGACAGUCCUGGACUUGUACUUUGGAACGGCCGAGGCAAGAAGCUCAAGCAGGAAAGGGGUAUUGCCAGAAGCUCCCCUAUGUGAAUUGUUUUUGCAUAGUACUCAAAUUAUCAUGAUUUGGAUUCCACACUGAAGUUGUGGAGAAUGAAGGGUGUGGGUAGGUAUGGAAACUGUUGUGCGUCACGACAUGUCCUGGUUGGCACUCUUUGUAUGAAUUCAGUCAAACUGAAAUUUGUUGCACUCUCUUCAAAGAUGCUGCAACUCUCUGAUGCUUCGUAGACCUUUGUUUCUUCGGCUCUUUCUUUGACCAUUCCAGCAGGGGCACAGCCUGCUUGCUUGUUUCAUAGGGGAGCUCAGCUUUACCCUCCCCCUGGAUUGCAUGGAUCCCUGGGGAGUUCACUCUAGUUUGAAACCCCUCCACACAUCCCAGUCAUCCUCCUGACUGCACUCAUGUCCUUCACCUUUGAGAUUCUUCACCCCAUGAGUUGGGGAGUGCUUUUCCACUUUCCAUGAGGAACAGUUGCUUUUCACGUCAGGAAACACUGCAAAAAGAGCUUAUCACUAGGAAAGCUUUGUCCUUAGUUUUGGCUGUGCUGGAAACCUGUAUAUAUUGCUCUCUUUCUCAAAAAAAAAAAAAAAGGCAAAAAAAAAAUAAAAAAAGCUCUUGAGAAAUUUCCCAGGAGAGGAAAUAGGAAAGAAUAACGUAACCUAUAGGUAACAAACACGUUAAUGCUCAUGUUGUUGAAAUCUUGUCUUGUGUCACAAAGAGAAGCGGUGCCAAGUCCCAGCUGGAUGCCUUCACUGCUCAUUCUGUGAGUUCCAGGUGCUCUGUGGUACCUCAGGGCGUCACUUUCCGUUAUCAUCCCCCAAGCACUGAUGGAUCUGCAGCUCCCUCUGCUAAAUCCCAAUGCUUUUAAUGGUAGCGUUUCAGUAUCUGAAAGACCCAGAUCCUGAUUCCAGCUGGUUGAAAAGAAUCUGCAGUUAUUUUCUUUGCAGUUGGUUUUUACUUCAAUUCUACCUUUAUAACUCAGGAAACUUCCUAUUUCCUUUCCUUCUGAUUUUGAGAGAGACUCCUUACUGUGCCCCUUCAUUUAGCACUUGUCUGCUCCUCCUCGGGCUGUUUUAAGUCACUCUGAAAUAAUCCAAGGGGCCAGUCCUAUAUAAACCUCAGCUUUAUAUUAUUACUGGACAAACAAAGCUUCCCCAUCUCUUAGGCACUUACCAGGGGUUCGCUCUCCCAACUUGCACUAUACCCGGUGGAUGGAGUCCUGCCUGCCUGCCUUUAGAUGCAUUUACAAGGCGUUUGACUGAGACCUCCUGCUUGUAACCUUGCUCACGAUGCACUGAUGGCAUUUGCUGUUUCACCCUGCUUACACAGAUCUUGGUUUGCUGCUAUAUAGUUUGCCUUCUGCUCUUAUCACUUAGGGAAGAUGUGAGUUUUCUGAUGCACCCUUAGUGCAGCCCAGAGCGACUUUACUGAUGUCAGCCCGAAAGUUGUGAGAUCAGUGUUUCAUUCCAAGAUAUCCCAUAUAAGAUUGCUGCAUUCUUUGGCAUAGGAACACUUGUAUGGUUAGAAACGUGUUUGGCAGCAGCUCCUCUUAGAGGUUCUGAUGGCAGAACAGAGUUUGUCACCCUUCCUUCCUCCAGAAUCUCAGCAUCCUCCUGGCUCUGCAGACUGGAAGCUCCUCAAGUCUCCUGCCUUUAAUAUUUGGCUUCUGGGUUCAGAAGCUCAGUGCUCUGCAAACAGCAUUUUAAUAUCUAAACCCAUUCAGGACAGUAAAGCUUUAUUGGGGAGAAACGUGGCAGUAACGUAAAUCAAUGUGGAACUUUUGGAUUGAUUGUGUGUGUGAAUGAUAAUCUGUGUGUGUGUGUGUGCAUGUACCCUAAACUUUUGUUUGAGUUUGUUCAGCUUCCCUGACUGAAAUAACAGGGUUUGUAACAAACGUUGUUUGUAACGAUGUCAGCUUCUCCUUAGCAAACAUCCAAGCAGGCUGUGCAGAACUUUGGGUAGGAUUGGAACAAGCCGUGACUUCGCAGGUUGAACAGCUGCCUGCUGCACCGGGGGCAGCUGAGGAGGACAAAGGGACACUAAGAACCUCCAGUUCUGGUAUAAAUCGCUGUAAGGCUUUAGUUUUUCACUAGAUCUAUUUGUAAACCUCUGCUCGGCUUCCCCGUGACUGUGUAUGAAGCAGGAGCUCCGAGUGGCAGAGAGCUGAGUGCUGGUUGUUGUCACAGCUCAGUGCUGGUUGUUAUCACAGCUCAGUGCUGGUUGUUAUAGCAGCUCAGUGCUGGUUGUUAUAGCAGCUCAGUGCUGGUUGUUAUAACAGCCACAUGGUUCAUUUUCUCCUUGAUCACUAAACCUACUAAGCAUAGGAAUACUAAUAGUUGGUAGUGUGGCUGUGUUAAGCCUCCCUUGGCACCCAUUUAUAUUUACAUUGAAUUAAGUAGCUCGGAUCGAACCUCCCAGACCAUCUCACGACUCGCAGAUCCCAGCAUGGACAUUAGAAUUGCAUUUGGGUUUUGACUCAAACUCGGGAUGCAUCGAUAAGGAAAGAACCUUUUGUUGGAUAAGGAAAGAACCGCACUUUUGUUACUGACUUUUCAGCCCUUUGGAUCUCAUACACUCAGAGCAGUUGAUGAGCAUUAACUGAGGGAGGCACUGCUGGGUUAUGGGACCUGUGGAACGUGGGAGCUGCUUUAGAGCUUCAGGUCCCGGCAGCAGAACCCGCUGCUGUUUCCUUUACUAAUAGUUAAGCCAUAUCAGCCGAGGUUUCCAGCUUGUUUGAGAUGUGAAUUUGUUUUAUAGACUAUAAAUAUACCGAUAUAGUGUAUGUAUAAAGCAGAAUGCUUGUCCUUACCGAUUAUUUUUUUGUACCAUAUUGUAAAUUAUAUUAUUUAUUCUUUACCGAUUUUGGAGGAAAAAAAAAAGGUAAAAAAAAAAAAAAAGGUGUUUUGGUUAUUUAAUAUAAUAUCCAGGAGCUGUUCGAUUUCCUCUGUUUGGAUUUCCAACUCAACUUGUAAAGCUGUUUUUAUUCUUGUGCAUAAAUACAUACUAAUACUUGGUCUAACA